AUGAUUUUACUUUUUAUUAUAAUAGGGAUAAUAAAAUCAAAUGCCCCAGGAACACUAUCUUGUAUUACUUAUUUAUCAGAAUAAUUAUGUGAAGAACCUGGAUAUUGUAUAUGGAAUGGAACGACAUGCUAAGAAUAUACAUAAAAUUAGGAUUGUUAUCGAAUUAAUGAGGUUGGAGCAUGUCGAGAGAAUGGAAUAUAUUCAUCAAUAGGAGGAUCUGGUUUAUGUGAGCCUUUGAUCAAAUUAGAAAAUGAUUACAAAAAUGUUUGUGGUAUAACAAAUAUCGUUGAUUACAAUUAUGUAAGAUAUCCAAUAAUAACAACUGGAUUCUCUACUCAUUCAUUAGCAGGUUAAACAGUAGCUUAAUUGAAAAUGUCAGCACCUUAAUAGAAUUUUAUAUACUAAGUGUUAAGUGUAAAUAUUUAGAUAGCUAAAAACCCAGAUUUACAGAUAAUUUUAGACUUGUACAAAACAUAUGAAGCUGAAUUAGUAAAGGUGUAUAUACAUCCCUAUUAAAUUGAAAAGGCUUUGAUUUAGACAUUAUAAAAUUUAAGAGAUGAUACAACGUCAUUGUCACCUGUAGAUAAAUAGGCAACGAUGACCAAAUUUUGGACAUUGGUUGAUGUCUAUCUCAAGAGAUUGCAGAUUCAUAAAAAGAACUAUUAAUCUUAUAAUUAUUUUCUAAAUUUUUUAUAGGGAUCUUUUUCAAGGCUAUUCUUGACCAUAAAAGGAUAGGGUCAUAUGAUAACAAUUAGUUGGUCUAAAUAUAAAAAAAAUGGGAUAAUUUAAAUAAUAUCAUAUUCUCCAAAAUUGGUAGGCAUAUUAAAUGCUUUGAGUGAUAUUAUUUUUGUAAAUGUACUAGGUGAAGAUAAAACAUCAUUUACAGAUAUUGAAAAUAUGAAGAUUUCCUAUUUAUAAGAGAGUGGUACAUUAACUAAUGUGGUGAGAAAAUUGAAGUUUAUAAGUGAUAAAACAUAGAUUCCUCACUAAUUAAUGACAUAUACUAUCAACUCUGCAAUAUGCAAUUCAAAUGAGAGAGAAUGUGAAUUUAGUCUUCCAUCUCCUCUUUCAAAUAGUACAUUCGUUUUUUAUGUAGAAUAAUGA